CCGGCUGAUGCCAUACCGACCUACACCUCAUCUUAUCCUUAAGAUAUCCCCAGCAUCCAAAUCGAAACCCUAGAGAAAAGGCCACUUGACCAAAAUCCAACCAUGGGUUCAACAGAAGAGAUCUACGAAAUUAGCACGAAAACCCAAGAAGUAGUCGAUGACUACGAGAGUUAUGUCGGCGGAGGGUUUGCUCCUUAUCCUGUAGCUCUUACCCACACCAAAGGCUCAAAAGCAUGGGACGUCGACGGAAAAGAGUACAUAGACUUCCUUUCCAUGUAUUCUGUCGUGAACAUGGGCCAUGGGCACCCGAAAAUCCUCGCCGCGGCAGUGCAAGCCAUGACUGAGGGAGCGGUCGUGAACCUCCCCUUCCAUUCUCCAUAUUAUGGGAAAUUGGCGAAGAAGUUACAUGACCUCUUUGGAUACGAUAAAUUCGUCGCCAUGACCUCCGGCGCCGAAGCUGCUGAUGCUGCUGUAAAGAUUGCACGGAAAUGGGGGUAUAUAAGCAAGAAUAUUCCGGAGGGGAAAUGUCAUAUACUAACUGCGGCGGCUUGUUAUCAUGGUGUUACACUUUCGACUGUUUCGUUGGCGAGUAAGAAGAGUUCUGCGUUUGGCCCUUUCGUCCCAAAUGUAGGUUCCACGGCGCCUUCAGGAAAGGUUGUGGCGUUUGGUGUCAUUGAUGAUCUGAGGGAGGCGCUGGAGGUUGACGGGGAGAGGAUUGUGGCAUUUAUUAUUGAGCCUAUUCAGGGUUCUGCUGGAAUUGUUGCUCCACCGAAGGGAUACCUGAAAGAGGUUGCUGCUCUGUGCAAGGGCCAUAACGUGUUGUUUAUUGUCGAUGAAGUUCAAUGUGGACUGGGCCGAGCAGGAGCAAAUCUUUGUCAUCUGAGAGAUGGUGUGCGUCCUGAUUUGGUGGUACUGGGCAAGGCAUUAGCAGGAGGCAUGUACCCCCUUUCCGGGGUUUUGGGCGACGACCACAUCAUGGGUCUUCUCGAUCCCUUCGAAAUUGGCUCAACAAUGGCUGCAAAUCCCGUAGGCUGUGCCGCCGCCCUCGCAGCCCUGGACGUCCUCGUUGACGAAGACCUCUCCCAACGCUCCAACGAACUUGGCGAUCUGCUCCGCUCAAAUCUAAAAGCCGCCAACUUACCACACAUAACAGCCUUCAAUGGAGCCGGGUUAUUCAUGUCCCUCGUUCUGGAAGACAAGCCACCGAAGGUGACACCGAGGAGGAUUGUUUCAUUGUUGGCGCAGAGAGGGGUGUUGGCCAGUGCUGCAGGUUUGAGGAGGAUUCGAAUUUGUCCACCGUUGACUAUCAGCAAAGAGGAGCUGUUGAAAGGUGCAGAGGUUGUAAUUGGUGUGAUGAGGGAUAUUGAGGGAUGUGGCGAAUUACCUGCUGAAGUUUUGGUUGAUGUUCGGCAUUAAGGUUUGAGUGGGAGUGCUUGGUG